CGCAGAGUACACGCUUCAUUUACCUGUCUCUCUACUCAGGGCUUCCAAUUUCCGUGUGCUAUAUAAACCACCUUAUCACCAAAUCUUUUACCCUCUCUUCCCUCAUCUCUGCUCCCCAUGGCACCGCCCCAUGAGUUCACGUCCAAGCCCUCAGAUGAAGUCCGUCGCAGGCUCUCCAGCAUUGUCUCCGGCAAGAGGCCUAGUGUUGUCGCAUACACGAGUCUUACUCCCAUGUGGGCCGGUAUCGCAGGCACUGUGAUCAACAACCAAACCGAAUUUGAAGUCGCCAUUUCCAUUCACGACUCGGUGUACAAUACCGAUUUCGCAUCGUCCAUCGUCAAGUACGAUGUCAAUGACCCAGAGGCACAGGCUGCUGUUAUUGAGGAGCACGUCUUGCAGACCAUCCGCUCUUUCUCCUCCGAACAUCUCUGCAAGUUCCUUGGCGCCGGUGUAACUCUGAGCUUGCUCCGAGAGGCACCUAACUUGUGCACUCGUCUUUGGCUUGAGUUGGACAUCGUUCCCAUAGUCUUCAACAUCAAGCCCUUCCACACGGAUUCCAUCACCCGUCCCAACAUCAAGCACCGUAUCUCUUCCACGACAGGGUCGUACGUUCCCUCGGGUGCAGAGACGCCUACGGUCUACUAUGACCCUUCUCAGGUGCAAGGCACCAAACUUGGCGCUAGUGUCGGGACCCGUCUGCCUAUUCCUCGCACGGUCGAUGAACAGGCGGAUUCUGCUGCUCGCAAAUGUAUCAUGUACUUCGGUCCUGGGAACAACCCUCGUCUUAUGAUCGGUCCUCGCAACCAGGUCGCUGUCGAUUCCGGUGGCAAGAUUCACCUUGUUGAUGACAUUGAUGAGUAUAGAAAGACUGUUCACGGCGGCACAUGGAGAACUGUGAACAAGCUCGCAGAUGAACUGCGUGAGAAGAAAAUCAAGAUGGCAUUCUUCUCUUCCACUCCCCAAGGAGGUGAGUGUGGGGUUGCUUUCCCCAGAUUUUGCCCCCGCAUUUUGGGGGUCUCGAUCACUGUGCGGGAAUUGAUCGCUAAUUUGCCUCACUUCAUGCGUCACGCGCUCAUCAGGUUCCUCAAUCUCCUGGAUGUUGACUGCGCAUGGUAUGUUCCCAACCCAUCUCCCUCCGUGUUCCGAACCACCAAGAACAACCACAACAUUCUACAAGGAGUCGCCGAUCCCAAUCUCCGCCUCACUAAAGAGGCAAAGGACAACUUUGACGCGUGGAUCCUCAAGAAUGGUCUUCGCUGGACUGCCGAAGGCGGACCGCUUGCGCCAGGUGGUGUUGACAUCGCCUUCAUUGAUGACCCACAGAUGCCGGGUCUCAUCCCGCUGAUCAAGAAGGUCCGACCGGACUUGCCUAUUAUCUAUCGUUCUCACAUCGAGAUCCGGAGCGAUCUCGUCCACAUCGAAGGAUCUCCCCAGGAGGAGGUGUGGAAGUAUUUGUGGAACAACAUCCAACAUGCGGACAUGUUCAUCAGUCAUCCUGUGAACAAGUUCGUGCCUAGCGAUGUCCCUGGAGAGAAAUUAGCUCUUUUGGGUGCCGCCACCGACUGGCUCGACGGACUUAACAAGGAUCUUCACCCGUGGGACUCUGGAUUCUACAUGGGAGAAUUCCGCAGCUUGUGCGCGAGGGACAAGAUGACCGAGUUGAAGUGGCCAGAGAGAGACUAUAUCCUCCAGAUCGCCCGUUUCGACCCUUCAAAGGGUAUCCCGAACGUCAUCGACUCUUUCUGCAGGUUCCGCAAGUUGUUGGAGGCUGAGGAUGACUACGAUCCCGACGAUACUCCUCAAAUGCUCAUUUGUGGUCAUGGUGCUGUCGAUGACCCCGAUGCUAGCAUCAUCUACGACCAAACGAUCAACCUCAUCCAUACCAAAUACCCUGAGUACGCCAAGGACUUCGUCGUCAUGAGAUGUCCUCCCAGCGAUCAACUCUUGAAUGCUUUGAUGGCUAACUCUAAAUUUGCCCUCCAACUCUCCACUCGCGAGGGUUUCGAAGUCAAAGUCUCUGAGGCCUUGCAUGCUGGCAAGCCCGUCGUCGCUUUCCGCACCGGCGGUAUCCCAUUGCAAAUCGUAGACGACAAGAGCGGAUACCUCUGCGACGUCGGUGACAAUGAGACCGUCGCCAAGCAUAUGUUCGACCUGUACACCGAUGAGGCGUUGUAUAGGAAGGUCAGCGAAUACGCUAGGACUCACGUCAGCGACGAGGUUUCCACCGUCGGAAACUCCAUUGCUUGGAUGUACUUGGCUGUCAUGCACGUCUCGCGAGGAGUCAAGCUGCGACCUAAGGGCGCAUGGUUGAAUGACCUGGCGAGGAACGAGGUGGGCGAGCCGUACGAGGACGGUGAGCCUAAAUUGCCUCGUGGUGGUCUGAAUGUCCAGGGAUAAGCUACCUGUGCAUUGUACUUUGAUAUAACGGUAUGUAUAUCUCUUGACGUUGUCUCGCCUGCCUGUUACUUUGUCGUCUCUCCGUCUUCUGUCUGUUUUUUUUGUAUAACAUUUGUACCCUCAGAUACACCCUGCUCCUUGCCUUCAUGCUUUGCCAUUGUCUGUAGAAUGGAACUGUCGUUGUAGAAAUACCGUAGUACUAGAUAUCGAUACUCCCAAGUCAAACACUGUUUUUUUCUGUCUCUAUGACUCUUCCAGCUUCAAUAUUUAAUGCUUCAAAGAAAUAAGAAGACAUUGGUAGUUGCCGGCGGUGGCGCGUGCACGUUCCAUGAUCGAGAUUUCAAUUUGGCGUU